UAGUUUCCUUGCUUCCGCUCCGCUUCCCAGGCUUCCUUGCCGUUUCCGUUGGCUCCUCGCUCUCCGUUAGCCAUGCCUGGGGGCAAGGGUGGGAAGCCCCGCGAGGCCGCGAACCCGGCGGUCGCGAUUGUGUCUGAAUCCGUGACCGAGCGGGUCCUGCGGGAGGCGCACUCGCUUUAUGUGCAUCCGGGUCAUGGGCUGGUGUCCAUUGGGGGGCGCCUGGGCCUGACUCUGCUCCCACCACGCCGCAAAGUGACUGUCAUGGUGAUGGGCAACCACAGCGCUGGCAAGAGCAGCUUCAUCAACUGGUAUGUUGAGGAGCACAUUCAACGAACCGGUGUAGCUAUUGAGACUCAGGGUUUCACCUUCAUCACUAGUGGAAGGAAGCGAGAAUCUCUCACGGGUAAUGCCACACUCCAUCUGUACCCCCAUUUCCAGGCCUUGCAGAGUUUCAAAGGUGUGCCAGAGUACCUGAGCACUGAGAUCUGUACCUCUAAGCAGAAGCAGUUCCCCCUGGUCACUUUCCUUGACACGCCAGGCUUGGUGGACGGAGACAUGAAAUAUCCUUUUGAUGUGGAAGGGGCACUUAUCUGGUUUGGCCAGCUCUGUGACCUCAUCCUGGUCUUUUUUGACCCCAUGGGACAGGCCCUUUGCAAACGCACUCUCAACAUUGUGGAGAAGCUCAAUGAGGGGCAUGGAGACAAGCUGCAUUUUUACCUCAGCAAGGCUGAUGAGGCGGGUGCGGAAGCUGACAGACAGAGGGUACUGAUGCAAAUUGUCCAGGAACUCUGCAAGCGCCCAGGCCUCAAUAAGUGUGGGUUUGAUAUGCCCACAAUCUACAUCCCCAACUCCAAUAAGCCAAGCCGGUGCGUUAAUCAGAUUGAGGAGAUCUGCCGAACCAUCGAGAAGACAAUCAGCCAAACUGUGCAGCACACACUCAAUGCUCUGGAGCGGGACUGCCACCUCAUCGACGAGGCCACGCAGCGUUUGCUAGAAGAGGACAACGAGGCCAGAAACAGCAACUUCCGUGCUCGUUUCCGGGGGGCGCUGUUUGGGCUAGCAGGCUGCCUCCUGCCCAUCUUUCUCCUCGUGACUUUGCUCUUUGGUACAUCCUUUGCUCGCCAACUCUGGACUUUGGUAUUGGGAGAAGAGCAAAGCCAGGCAUUAGAGCUGUCCAUGCGUCCAAUUGCUUCCAUGUGGAGCCUUGUCCCUGAAGAGCAAACCUUAACAGUAUUCUUUGGUCUUCUCGGCCUCUCAAUCGUCCUCCUGCUCUUGGCCAGUUACACUUUCAGGACAAAGCCCACUCUCUCGAAGAAACAGAAGCGGCAGCUGAAGGACAGGCGAGACUACGUAGUGGAUGUGGUGCUAGAAAAAAAGAGACAGCUCUAUGAGGAAUACCUUCGCCAAAGCAUCGGCGACCAGGACCUGAGCUGAAACCCCUCCCUAAUGGAUUCAAGGAGACUGCCAAUCCCCUGCCACGUUAAAAUCUCCCCUCUGAGUCACUCCAGAGAACAGAGAUUUGUACUGCAACUGUGAACUGUCCUAAGGGGCCAGGUUUUUUUUUU